AUGAAAUUCGCACAGGAUUGGUUGUCAACUUACCAAAUGAAUGAUCAAAGUGUUCUCGCUGACAUUGAAUGGCAUCGUUAUCUUAAUACUUAUUCGAUUACAAUGAGUUCUUGCCAUCAAAUUAGUGAAAUGAAUAAUAUUACUGAUCGCCAUGAAAACAAUCAUACUGAUGAUCAUUUACAGCAGGUCUCAGUUGAUCAACAGAUCAAUUCCUUGAAAAAACAGCUCGAAAUUGAAUUGAAAGUGAAAACAGGUGCUGAAUCGAUUUUGAAUACAUACACUGGUCAAAAGAAAGAGACCUACCGUAAAAUGUGUGAUGAAGCUCAAAUUGUUCUGAAAGAUGCCAAAGCUAAAGCUGAUUUUCUUCGCAUGCAAAUCAAACGAUUAGAGAACGGUUCCCAUGAUCCUUCCUCGAACAACGUUUUGUCUGGCAACGGAAAUGACCAAAAUCCCAUCCAACAGCGAAUUCAUGCACUUAAGAAACAACUCGAAAUCGAAUUGAAAGUUAAAGCUGGCGCUGAAACGCUUUUACAAACAUAUAGUGGCCAAAGAAAAGAAUCUUCGAGGAAAAUGUGCGAUGAAGCACAAAUUCUUUUAAAAGAUGCGAAAGCUAAAGUGGAAUACAUUCGUUUGGAAAUCAAACGUUUGGAAACAGAUUUAUUGUCACCUAAAAGUACAAUUAAUGCCAAAGAAAAUAACUAUGCCAACGAUCAAUCAUUGUGGCCAUCGGAACAAUCUAUUCAACAAUUAGAACAUCAUUUAACUAUUGAAACGACAAUGAAAAAAGGCGGUGAAAAUGCGGUGAAAGUUCUUAAACAGACAGGAGCGAAGAAAGAACUUCUUGCCGAAGCGCAUCAAAGUUUGUUCGAAUCGAAACAACGCAUCGCAUUGCUCGAAGAAGCAUUAAGAAGAAGAUAUAAGAAAAGAAAUGAAAACAAUUCCAACCGACAUGUAUCUCCACUGUACAACGACAUGAUAUUAAAACCGGCAGCUGUUACCGGCAAACUUCAAGUUCGAUUACUUGGAUGUCAGGAUUUAUUUGAAGAGGCACUUCUCCCAGCAGUAACAAAACGCGACAGUUUUGGUUCGAGUCCAGAUGCUAAAUAUAAAACUUUACGUGGAAAAAGCGAAUUAUCAAAUGAAAUCAAUGCUAUUUUACGUGUUGACAAUGUUCGAACCGUGGAAACUGGCUAUCGACCAUGUAGCCAACAAGCGUGGGAUCAACGUUAUACGAUCGAACUUGAUCGAGCGCGUGAACUGGAAAUCAAUAUUAUCUGGCGAGACUAUCGUAACAUGUGUGCGAUACGUUUUCUUCGACUUGAAGAUUUUAUCAAUCCCAAUAAUGAAAUCAGCGGAAUGAUUAUUCAUUUAGAGCCGCAAGGCGUUCUGUUUGCCGAUAUUAAAUUUAUUAAUCCAUUGGUUAAACCAGCACCGAAAUUGAAACGACAGAAGAAAUUGUUUACAAAACGAAAAGGAAAAAACUUACCACGUCCAUCGCAUAUGCGUAUUGAUGUUACUUUAUGGUAUCGUUUAAUUACAAAGGGUGUUAUAACACCCAACUGCUAUGAUGGAAACUCGACAAUAUCAUCAUCACUUCCAACAUCACCUACACCAUCCCACUAUGUUCAACAAGACAUUCAACAGCCGGAUGCACUUCGUUCAACUGAAAGUGCACCAUUUACCCCCACAUAUCCACAAUUUGAUGAGGAGACGUCGCCCAUUCAUUCCCAUUAUGUUCGCCCAAACCAAGCAACAAAACAACUCUCAGUUCCAACUGAAAUGUCUACAAAUGGUUCAUCAUUCAUUUGCGAAAACAAUAAUAAUAAUAAUAAGAACAUCGGGAAAGCCCUUCCACCUCCUGUCGCUCCCAAACCAUCAUGGCCUCGACAAACAAGUACAGUAGCAGCUAUAGCAGCUUCAGCUGCAGCAGCAACAGCUACUGUUCCACCAUCAUCAUCGUCAUUAUCCACCCCACUUCCAUCUUAUAUUCAGCCAACUGAGGAGAGUAAAACAAUCUAUGAAUUGCCACGCUCAAAUGUCGUUAGUACUGAACGUCAACCUUCAUUGAAAUUCAAUCGAUCUUCCUCGAUGAAUCAAAUAUCAACGAAUAUUGCUCAAUUACAAGAAAUUGUUCCAACGAGAAACAAAUCGCUCAGUAUUCCUGACUCAAGAUUUCCAAAAGGCGUUCAUAUCGAUACAUUUCGUCUUGUUAGUGUUCUGGGCCGUGGCCAUUUUGGUAAAGUUAUCUUGUCUGAAUAUCUUCCGCGUCGUGGCGAUUACUAUGCUUUGAAAGUAUUGAAAAAGGGAGAUAUUUUAGCACGUGACGAAGUCGAAUCAUUAAUGUCAGAAAAACGAAUCUUUGAAGUGAUCAAUCGUAGUCGUCAUCCAUUUCUAAUCAAUCUCUAUUCUUGUUUUCAAACGCGUGAUCACGUUAUCUUCGUGAUGGAAUAUGCAUUUGGAGGCGAUUUAAUGAUGCACAUUCAUCAGGAUGUUUUCGAUGAACAACGAGCAUGUUUUUAUGCUGCUUGUGUCGUACUUGGCCUGGAAUUUUUACACCAAAAUAAAAUCGUGUAUCGAGAUCUUAAACUUGACAAUUUACUUUUGGAUCGAGAAGGUUAUCUUAAAAUUGCCGAUUUUGGUCUCUGCAAGGAAGGUAUUGGUUAUGGUGGAACAACCAGUACAUUUUGUGGUACACCUGAGUUUUUGGCACCUGAAGUUCUUACGGAAUCAUCGUAUACACGAGCUGUUGAUUGGUGGGGUUUAGGUGUAUUGAUUUAUGAAAUGUUAGUUGGAGAAUCUCCGUUUCCAGGUGAUGAUGAAGAAGAAGUUUUUGAUUCAAUUGUAAAUGAUGAAGUCAAAUAUCCUAAAUUUCUCUCUGUGGAAUCAAUCACCAUUAUGAAACGGCUUCUUCGCAAAAAUGUUUCACAUCGAUUGGGUGCAGGCGAACAUGAUGCUGCUGAUGUUAAACGACAAUCUUUUUUUAAAAAUAUCGUUUGGGAAGAUUUACUUUCAAAAAAAACCAAACCACCUUUCGUUCCUACUGUUCGAAGUGCUGAUGAUGUAUCAAACUUUGAUACGGAAUUUACAUCAGAAGAACCGAUCUUAACACCAGCCAAAGAUCCUCGUCCAAUUCGUGAUGAAGAUCAGACAAAUUUUACUGGCUUUGAUUAUGUUAAUGAAUGGUAA